UGUAUUCAACCCAGGAGGAGAGAGAGAAACAAAACAAAACAAAGCAAAGCAAAAGCGAAAAUCAAAAAAGGAGAGAGAAAACAAACAAUUUUGUUUUUGACUUAGCUGCUGUUCGAAGAACAAACAACAACCCAUUUCAUCCUUCAACAACCCCAACAAUCCCACCAAUUUUCUCCGGCUAUUCUUCUUCUCCGGCGCCGGAAAACCCCCCUUUAAUUUCGCCGGUUUUCGAGAUAAGUUUGGGAGAAUUUGAAUAAAGAAAAACAGCUCCUUAUUAGUCUUUGACAACCCCUUUUGCUAGUUGUACAGAGGGGCCCAUUGUUUUUGUAUCAAUCAUACAAAAUCUCCGAGAAAAAUGGUCAAUUAAUUGUCUCUUUACUGCCCAAUUUUUGCUAAAUUGUUGAUUUUUGAAGAUUUUAGGGGAUUAGGGUUUCUGGGUAGUGAUUAAUCAGGGGUUAAUUGGAGUAGAUCGUUGGAUUAUGGUGAGAUAUGAGGGUUUUUAGGGUUAAUAGAAGAUGGGUUGUGUUUUUGGGAAAGAGAUAGCAGCUCCUGAGGGGAGGGAGAGAGGUGGGAGGAGAGAGAAAGAGAAUUUGGGGGUUGAAUCUGGUAGGAAGGUUGAUUUGCCUGUUGCAGAUGUUGCGUCUGGUUGGGAUGCAGGGAAAGAGGGGGAGAAUGGGGGUGUUGAGUUGAAUGAUGGUGGAAGGAAGGAGGGGGAGAAGAAAGGGGAGGAGGAUGGGGAAGGGAAAGGUAGAAGUCAGAAGCCGAGGGGCGAGAGGCGGCGAUCGAAGCCGAAUCCUAGGUUGAGCAAUCCUCCUAAGAAUGUACAUGGUGAGCAGGUGGCUGCUGGAUGGCCCUCUUGGCUUUCUGCUGUUGCUGGUGAAGCUAUUGAUGGAUGGGUUCCGAGGCGAGCUGAUACUUUCGAAAAGAUUGAUAAGAUUGGGCAAGGAACAUAUAGUAAUGUAUAUAAAGCCAGAGAUUCGUUAACCGGGAAGAUAGUUGCACUUAAGAAGGUCCGGUUUGAUAAUUUGGAGCCUGAGAGUGUUAAGUUCAUGGCUAGAGAGAUUUUGAUCUUACGCAGAUUAGACCAUCCCAAUGUUGUGAAACUUGAAGGGUUGGUUACUUCAAGGAUGUCCUGUAGUUUGUAUUUGGUGUUUGAGUACAUGGAGCAUGAUCUAGCUGGACUUGCUGCCAGUCCAGAUAUUAAGUUUACGGAGCCACAGGUAAAAUGUUAUAUGCACCAGCUGAUUUCUGGACUAGAGCACUGUCAUAAUCGCGGUGUUCUUCACCGUGAUAUCAAGGGAUCAAAUCUUCUGCUUGACAAUGGAGGAAUACUUAAAAUAGCUGAUUUUGGAUUGGCUACCUUUUUUGAUCCAAACAAGAAGCAUCCUAUGACCAGUCGUGUUGUCACUCUAUGGUACCGAGCCCCAGAACUUCUUCUCGGGGCUACUGAUUAUAGUGUUGGCAUCGAUUUGUGGAGUGCUGGCUGCAUUUUGGCCGAGUUAUUGGCUGGGAGGCCUAUCAUGCCUGGUCGCACUGAGGUGGAGCAAUUACAUAAGAUAUACAAGUUAUGUGGUUCACCUUCUGACGAGUACUGGAAAAAAUCAAAGUUGCCAAAUGCAACAAUAUUCAAGCCACGAGAGCCGUACAAAAGAUGUAUAAGAGAGACCUUUAGAGAUUUCCCGCCCUCAGCAUUGUCGUUAAUUGAUACGCUUCUUGCAAUUGAUCCAGCCGAACGCAAAACUGCCACAGAUGCUUUAAAUAGUGAUUUCUUCAGUACUGAACCUCUUGCUUGUGAUCCAUCAACGCUUCCCAAAUAUCCACCAACCAAGGAGAUGGAUGCCAAACGGCGUGAUGACGAAGCGCGAAGGCUAAGAGCUGCUAGUAAAGCACAAGGUGACGCAACAAAGAAAAGUCGAACACGUGAUCGUCAACGGGCUAUGCCAGCCCCUGAAGCUAAUGCAGAGCUUCAGGCCAAUCUUGAUCAGAGGCGGCGCAUAAUUACGCAUGCAAAUGCAAAGAGUAAGAGUGAGAAGUUCCCUCCACCACACCAGGAUGGAGGGCUUGGAUACCCCUUGGGUGCUUCGCAGCACAUUGAUCCUGCAAACAUCCCAGCUGAUAUUCCUUACAGUUCCACUUCAUUUACAUACUCUAAAGGGGCAGGGCAACAUUGGUCUGGUCCAUUGGUGGACCCUGCUUCUGCUGGGGGCCCUAGGCGAAAGAAAAAGAAUGUUGUCGAGGGUAAUGAACCCAAAUCAACAGGCCGAAGAGAUAUCAGUAGUUCUCGAGCUCGAGGAAAAUGAGUCCAGGAUAGUGAGAAGACAUUCAGCCCUAGUUCUUGAAGCUUGAAACUGGACCCUUUAUUCUGAGGUUUUUCAGUGGCCAAGCUUUUAUAAAGGUGCAAACAUGUUCAUCAUGAGAAGGCUGGUGAAGUGUAUUUAGAGGUAUAAUUGAUUUUUAUUUCUUUUUUUGAAGUUUUUUUCGUUAAAAGGAAAAAAAAACUUCCCCAAUGUUAAAAGAAAUUUUCCUUGUACUAUGUGCUGGAACGCGGGGAAGUUCCCUCAUGUGUAAUUUUACCCUCCUUUUAUUAUAGAGAGAUCUCUAUUCUUUGAGAAAGUGAUGUGCGUUGAUUGUUUUGGAUAUUACAGUACAAUUUUUGCCACCCUCUGUUAGCCAUGUUAUUUUUCCUAGUUUCUUAUUGUCA